UUUCCUACUGAGGAUACUUAACCACCACCCAACACAAGAGACACUCCCACUCCCACUGUCUACAGUCUGCUACUAUGUGUAAAGGACUAACAUCGAUGCCUACCUGCUGCUUGGAAAGGGCCAAAGAGCUGAAAGCGAGGCUGGGAAGCAUUUUGCAGAAGUCAGAGUGGAAUCUGUUCUGCUGCAAAAUGGGAAAAAACAAACCGACCCUGGAGGAAUGCCUGAGGUGGAAAGGAUCAUUUGAGCAACUCCUGUCUAGCAAAUAUGGACUGUGCGCUUUCACAGCCUUCUUAUUAUCAGAAUUCAGCGAAGAGAACAUUGCGUUCUACUUUGCAUGUGAAGAUUACAGGAGUACCAAAUCUCUUGCCAAACUACCUACUAAAGCCCAGAAAAUCUACAAUGAAUUCAUCUGCAGUGAUGCUCCCCGGGAGAUUAACAUUGACCAUGAAACUCGGGACAUCACCAAAGCCAACAUGCAUUCCCCGUCACCCUACUGCUUUGAUCAGGCGCAGCACAAGAUCUACAUGCUCAUGGCCAAAGACUGCUACCCACGCUUCCUGCGCUCACCAGCCUUCAGGGAUAUUGUCAGUCAAGCCAAGCCAAGCCCAAAACAGCCCCAGCUGGGGAAGAAGGUGUGAGUUCUCACUGAUGGCCCGCAAAUGUGUAGAAUGACUGCCGAGGUAGAAGUGUGUCCUUGAAAGAACCCCCUCACUCUUCAAAGCUGGAAAGAAAGGAAACAUGGGAUAACUUUCCCCCCCUCCCCAAGUGGAAUGUCAAUGAAUAGCGAUGAGGUGGUUUUGAAAGUCACAAGAAAGUAAAAAGUUAAGACAAAAACCACAGAAGCUAGUGAGGAAUGGGAAAGCACUUUUUUUUAUUUUAUUAUUUGCCCUUAAGGUAAACAUUUGUGUUUGUAAUGUCUUUGUCAAAGUUCAACACUGUUUGUGAAAAAAAGAUACAUUGAAUAUGAUAAUUUUUGUAUUUAUUUGUGUGUAUUUUAUGCAUUUUUACUAAAUAAAAGGUAUAAUAAUGUGCAAUAUAAUAUAUUGAUAUUUAUAUAACUUGUUGUAUUUUUACACACCAGCAAAUAAAUUUUACAGGAUCGCAAAACAAA